CACCUCGCCCGCACCAUGCCCGUGCGUCUGCGCCUCGCCCGCCACGGCGCGCGCAAUGCGCCCUUCUACCACCUCGUCGCCAUUCGCGACUCGGCGCCGCGCGACGCACGCCCCAUCGAGAAGCUCGGCGAGUACGACCCCGUGCCGCGCCUGCGCUCUGCCCUCGGCGCCUCGGCCUCGAGCUCGAGCGCUGCUUCAUCGUCCUCAUCGCACGCGCGCGGCGCCGACGGCGUCUUCACCAGCGGCCUGCCGCGCCCCGAGCAGCUCGUCAAGGAGAAGCGCAUCGAGUGGAACAGCGAGCGCAUCCGCUACUGGCUCGGCGUCGGCGCACAGCCCAGCAAGCCCGUCGCGCGGCUUCUCGACCGCGCCGGCCUGAUCCCGCCGGGCAAGUACUUCAAAGGCAUGCAAGGGCCAGCGCCCGGAGCGCCCGAGGGUGCUGACGCUGCCGGCGUCGGCAGCCAGACGGUCGGCGUGUUGCGAGCCGCCGGCGUAGCCCCGUCUGCGGCUGCCACGCCGCUGCCCGGCUCCGCUGCUGCGGCGCGCGGAGCAGGCGAGGGUGCAGCACGGAGCUCCAGUCCACGAACAGAGGCUCGGCGGGUGGGCCGCGGCGAGGAGACGCACAGCCAGGCGGCAUGAUGGGAAGAGCGAGCAACACGACGAGCAAUCUGCUACUGUGACUAUGCAUUUGAUCUCGCUCCGCUCCCGCUGCUAUGCCUUGGCGCCCAAUCGUGCGGCCAGCCAGUCCAGCCCUUGUGUCACUCUGCGGGCUGAGUGUCAGCGGAGAAGCCAAGCGAGGGUGUGGAGCAGCUGUCCCACGCUCCGCACGCUCCCUCAUGCAGCACUCACCCGUCGCCCGUCAGCGCCGAGCAGGCCUGGAUGUGCCAGUCGGCAUGCCGCAGCUCGGUGAGGCGCAUCGCGGCACUGAUCUCGGCGG